CAUGAGGCGGCGGAGCGCGGCCGGGGCGACGAAGAGUGCCUCGGGCAGGUCGUGGUGGCUCCGCCCUAAGGUGCCAGGGCCGCUCCCCCUUCUGACCCCGGGGCCUCGAUUGUGGCUGCGGGGCUAUGCUGUGGCUGUGGGGCUAUGCUGUGCCUGCCGCUUCCGCGGCGCCGGUCUGGUCUGGUCUGGCCUGGGCUUGUUUUGGCUUGUUUUGGCUUAGUUGCCCGAAACUCAAUGGCCUCAUUCGUACCGCCCGCGGGGAGCUGCCCCCUGCUGUCCUGACCCUCCAGACAUGCUCGGGCCCGAGCCUGGCCACCUGGAGGCAUACUGAUGUACUACUACUGAUCUACAGGCAGCUGUGUGCCAUCACUUCAGUCUGCAGCACCUGGCCCCCCUUGGUUUUUAGCGUAGACGUAGCCUAAAGUGAUGUGACCUGAUCAGGCAGACUGGUGCCUUCCCUGCCCUCUCCGAGGUUUCUCCCUUCACCCAGAUGUUCCUUCUCAGUGCAGCCUCACUGCUUGAGCAGGGAGGUUGGACUAGAUGAUAUCCAAAGGUCCCUUCCAACCUCCCUGCUCAAGCAGCAUCCCUUGGAACAUAGUACCCAGGAUUGUGUCCAGAUAGAUCUUGAAUAUCUCGGGAGAAGGAUACUCCACAACCUCUUUGGGAAAUGUUACACUAUUCAGACACCUUAACAUUAAGCCUUUCCUUCUCCAGUAUGAGCAGGCCCAUUUACCUCAGCCUUUCCUCAUACGAGAGAUGUUCCACUCCCUUGUUUUAAUAGGGCUUUGCUGGACUCAGUCCAGGAGCUCUGUGUCACUGGGGAGCUCAGAACUGGACACGGUAUUCCAGGUGAGGCCUCACCAGUGCUGAGGGGGAGGAUGACCUCCAUUAACCACAUAGUUGAAUGAUGGUAGCUAAAAAUGAUAAAAACUGUAACGGGUGGUUCUGUUAUUUUCUGAGGUUGGAAGAUAGAGAGACAUACUUUAAUGCAGCAAAGACAGUGUCAGAUGUUACAGCUAGAGAAUGAUUUGGCUAUAUAUUUUUAUAGGAUUGGAAACAGGAAACUUAUGACAUAUGUUCUCUUGUAUUCCAUGUUAGCUUCCUAGCCAAUCACAUUCACUGCUUUUAGGCAAACUGAUAAUUAUCUAGAUAUUCCUUGGGGCCCUGCUAGAUGAUAUUCUGAUACAACAUGUGUAAAGAUGCUGCUGCUAAAUAGCCCACUGGCUAUCUUGUGUGAAGUUGGCAAGCAGUAGAGUCUGAGAAGUACAAGGACUUGGAACCAGUAUUUAUAUCCUGGCUGGGUUCUUUUUCUCAUGCAACGUUCUGGAGAUUCCACUUCUUUGGUCUACAAAUCCUUUCAUAACAUUGAUCCCACCUUGAGUUUGCAUCUCUUCUCUGUGUGCCCUGAGAAGAUAAUUGAUAUACAUGACCUUCAAGGAUCCCUUCCAAUCCAAAUAUUUCUAUGAACUAAAAGAAUUGAAGAAAAGCAGGCAUGUAAAAGGAGUGUUCAAGAAACUGAAUGAAACUGUCCAAUUGCUUCAUAGAAUCAUAGAACCAAAGAAUCUUGGAUUGGAAGGGACCUUAGCAAUAGUCUAGUUCCAAUUCCAGUGGGCUACCUACUGGGUCAGGCUGCCCAGGGCCCCAUCCAACCUGGCCUUGAACACCUCCAGGAAUGGGGCAUCCACAGCUGAUCUCUGGAGCCUGUGCCAGUGCCUCACCACUCUCUGAGUAAAAAAUAUCCUCCUAAUAUAUAAUCUAAUAUAUAAUCUAAUUCUCCCCUCUUUUAGUUUAAAACUGCCCCAUCUUGUCCUGCCACUAUCUGCUUGUGUAAAAAGUUGGUCAAUACUGUUAAACUUAUGUUAACUUAUCUCUUCACAGCCUGCCAGCGAGGAUUCUACCGUAACUCUCUGGAGACUAAACGCUGCCUGAAGUGCCCCCCAAACAGCUUGUCCAAUGAGUUAGGGGCUCAAUCUUGUUCCUGCAAUGCCGGCUUCUAUCGGGCACCUUCAGAAGGCCAAAACAUUGCUUGCACCCGUCCUCCCUCAGCUCCCCGCAAUGUCAGCUUCUCCCUUAUUGGCACACAGCUCAAUCUGUGGUGGCAGCCACCCAGUGACCACGGUGGGCGAAAGGAUCUAACUUACACAGUCUUCUGUCAGCGCUGUCAUUUCCAGUCAUGUGAUCCAUGUGAGCCUGGUGUGGUAUUCUCCCCGAGUGCUUCAGGUCUCACCAAAACUGCUGUGGAUGUGGAUGGCCUAGAAGCUUACACCAACUACACAUUUGCUGUGGAAGCCCAUAAUGGUGUCUCAGGAAUGGGACCUGCUCCACAGAGAACUGCUCCAGCUGUCUGGGUUGCAGUUGGACAUGCAGCUCCAGUGACAGUAUCCCAGUUUAUUCUGACACAGAGAGAUGACAGUAGUCUGUCAGUUUCUUGGCUUGCCCCACGGCAGCGCAGCCGGACCUCAGUGGAAUAUGAGGUCAUGUUCUUUGAGAAGGGAGAGGAGGCACGUUACACAGUGAAGCACCUUCUUGAGCCAAAUGUCACUCUGACAGACCUUCAGCCAGACACAACCUACCUGCUUCGUGUGAGAUCCAUCACACCCCUUGGGCCUGGGCCCUACUCCCAGGAGCAAGAAUUCCGCACGCUUCCACCAGACACAGGAGCUCUGUCUGGUGGAGUCGUAGCAUCUAUUAUCUUUGGAGUUCUGCUAUUUAUUGGGCUGCUUCUGGGAAUUCUGUUCUUUCGACGAAAGAAGACUCACCGCAGACAGGCACGGCCUGAUUACAGUACUUCAGGCUUUGAUCGAGAGAAGGUCUGGUUGAAGCCCUAUGUGGACCUGCAACCAUAUGAUGACCCCAGUAGAGGGGUUCUGGAGUUCACUAAGGAACUGGAUGUCUCUUGUGUCACUAUGGAGAAUGUGAUUGGGGAAGGGGAGUUUGGGGAGGUCUAUCGUGGGUCUCUGCGGCUCCCAGGGAAAGAACGUAUUGUGGUUGCCAUCAAAACCCUCAAGUCAACAUAUUCAGACUCACAGUGGUGGAACUUCCUGCGUGAGGCAACAAUUAUGGGGCAGUUCAAUCACCCAAACAUUGUCCAUCUGGAAGGAGUUGUCACCAAAAGAAGGCCAAUGAUGAUCAUCACUGAAUAUAUGGAGAAUGGAGCGCUGGAUACCUUCCUCCGGGAGAAUGAGGAAAAAUUUAGCCCUGUGCAGCUUGUGAACAUGCUGCAGGGAAUAGCCUCCGGCAUGACCUACCUUUCAGAACACAACUAUGUGCACCGUGAUCUGGCUGCUCGCAAUAUCCUGGUAACACGCAGCCUUCAAUGCAAGGUGUCUGACUUUGGUCUUUCCCGAAUAUUGGAGAAUGAUGCAGAGGGAACAUAUGAAACCAAGGGUGGUAAGAUUCCAAUCCGAUGGACAGCCCCAGAGGCCAUCGCUCAUCGGAUUUUCACCUCAGCCAGUGAUGUCUGGAGCUUUGGAAUUGUCAUGUGGGAGGUGCUGUCAUUUGGUGACAAGCCAUAUGGGAAUAUGACUAAUCAGGAGGUGAUGAGAAGCUUAGAGGAUGGUUACCGGCUCCCUCCACCUGUGGACUGCCCAUCCAUCCUCUAUGAGCUAAUGAAGAGCUGUUGGUCACACGAUCGAAUGAGGAGGCCUCAUUUCCAGGAGAUUCGGGCACAGCUGCAACACUUCAGCUCAAGCCCCCAUCUCCUCCGGUCUGUUGCAGACUUUGAUCCCAGGGUAACGCUCCGGCUCCCGAGCUGCAGCGGAUCUGAUGGUAUCCCCUAUCGAUCUAUUCCCGAGUGGCUGGAAUCCAUUCGCAUGAAGCGUUAUAUCUCCAACUUUCGCACUGCUGGCCUUGACACCAUGGAGUCAAUUCUGGACCUCACUGCUGAGGACUUGAAACAGAUGGGAGUGUCACUUCCAGGCCACCAGAAGAGGAUUCUGUGUAGCAUCCAAGGCUUUAAGGAGUGACCAGUUGUUGCUCUCUCAAGCUUGCCAAAUGCUGUCUUACCAGAUAUCACUUGGAAUCAUUCCUAUGGCAAUUGCUUCCAAAUGAGUGACUGGGACAAGAAAAGCAAAACAACCAGGACUGAAAAGACUUAUGAGGCAACACCACCUGCUCUCAUUUCUGUUUCCCCUUGCUUCAGCCAGCAGUACUUUUCAGAACACUGGUCUUAGAAUCUGUUCUCAAUCCUGUCUUCUACUGUUAGUUCUGUGCAGCACGGAAUAAUCCCUGUAGUCCACAUAAUGGACUUUCAAGCCAGGUAAUCACAUGGAAAUAUAAGGAUACAUACAAUUGCAGGGUGGGGAUUGGGAUAAUGUUUUAAGAUUGAAAAUGAGGAUUCAGAUGCUAUGGGACCUUCAGAAAACAUGCAUGAGGAUGCAAACAGAGGUUGGGCACAUUCACUCCCUGACGUACAUCCCUUCUCAUUUCAGCAGCCUUCUGUCUUCCUUAUUUCACAAUAGGAACAAACUUGUCAAUCUUUCACAAGGCUGCUGCUGGGGGAUAUAUUUUUAAAUUAAGCUAUUCUUGCUUUAAACACCACCAAAACGUGGUGUAGUUUGUUCUUUGAAGGAGAAGUUGGGAGUAGCAGCGCACCCUGCUGUAACCUUGGCAUGUUGCUUACUUGCACGUGUACUUCAGCGGAGUGAUUUACCUCUCUUCAACCUGCUUAAUACCUUUACUUGUUCCAUAGACACAAAACCUUGUAGGUACCAAUUUUUCUCUGCCCCUUUCUUGAAAGAGGGACUGAAUAAGGUAUUUGUAACAGAAAAAUGUAGAGGUGGUCUGUCAUUCCUUCUCUGUGAAGGAAGUAUUAUUAUUUAUCAGAACUCAAGACAGAGGUGCUACAGACUGUAAAUAGUAUUUUGUAAAUAAAUUUGAGGCAGAGCA